AUGGCUCUACUUGCCGUAACACUUUUGGGUCUCUUGGUGUUGGUGGCAUUGACAAUAGUAAAGGUGACGACGAUCAAUGACAAACACAUUCAUCGCUCGCAGACCUUCACUAAGCUUCGCACGUCGUCUCUAUCCCACUUACCAAAAGCCGGCUGGGGAGCGAAUUACUCACGUCUGCUAUGGAUCUUCUGGCAAGAGUACAGAGGCAACGUUACCCUGAAGCUUCCCGAGCUUCACGAACGGCUAGGUCCCCUUGUCCAGAUAGGUCCUAACGAAGUCUCAUUCUAUUCCAUGGAAAUUUACGACGCAGUGCAUAAGCUCAACAGUGGUUUCGUAAAAGACCCGCGCAACUAUGGCGAAUUCGUCCAAGGCGGCCAUCCAGCACUUUUCUCAAUCACUCAUCCAGAAGAACAUGCGAAGCGUCGAAGAAUACUUGGCCAGUUAUACAGCCGCAGCAAAAUUGGGCAUUUGGAAGAGCUAAUGCUCAAGCAUGUGGACCAUUUUGUUGAGAUGACUCGCCAAAAGUUUGGUGCAUUUGACAUUGGACCGGCAUGUAGAGCGCUUGAGGCAGACAUUAUUUCGGAAUUCUCUUUCGGUGAGGCACUUCAUGCCAUUACUGCUUGGUCUAAAGAAGAAGAGCUCGCGAUAGUAUCCAAGAACGACCAUAAAGCGACGUUGAUGCCUUUGCUUAUGAACUGUCCGACGCUGUAUGAGCUUUGGAUUUCUAUUGAAGACAUCGUCUGCCGAGCUACUGGGUCACGAGUCUCGUACAAAAAAGGCCUUGCGCAAUACGACCAGUGGACACACAAUGCCUGGACUCGCAACAAGCUCGCCGAAAAACCGACACCCUCUGAAUUUCCCAACUUGAUCAGAGUCAUGGUGGCAGCCGGUGUUCCAUCCCAAACCGCACUGUCCGAAGCCAAAGAGAACCUGGGACCAGGAACAGACACAACUUCAGCUUCAUUGGCACACACCCUGUACGCACUGUCCAAAAACCAAGUGUUCCAACAAGCGCUCUAUGAAGAUCUUGCUCGCGUGGGUUUCCCAAUCGACUUGACUUCUUUGGAGAACAUUCCUCGACUGAAGGCCUGCGUGAAGGAAGGCGUUCGUUGGGCCGGUGCAGCUGCUGCGAUGUUGCCCCGAGUUGUCCCAAAGGGCGGCGUGGAGCUUCUUGGUAAAUUCAUCCCAGAAGGGACCGUGUUGACUUCAUCGCCAAUUUGGUAUUUGCGAGACAAGUCUGCAUUUCCAAACCCCGAGUUGUUCAAUCCAUACCGUUGGAUCAACGAGAGGGGAAUGGCAAUCAAAGAAGACACUCUUCGAGACAAAUUCUAUGUUCCAUUCUCGAAAGGUCCAAACAUUUGCAUCGGCCUCCACUUUUCCUACUACGAACUGUACCUCAGCUUGGCGAAGAUCAUCCAGAGUUUUGAGUUGGUUGCCCCUGAUGAGUCUUCAAGUCACUCAUACGGCCACGGCUGGAUACCGGUAGAGCUGCCAAAGAGACGGGAAUGGGUAGCUGCUGUGCCUACAGACCCGCUGCUCGUCAAAGUUCUGUCGAGGAGACAGGUCGGUUGA